CCGGAUCCUGUAAAAAUUCCCAACGGCGUUGCAUAUCGUCUUGUUGAAUCUAUUGUUGAUUAAGUGUAGUAUUGCCAUGAUACUAAACAUAUUGACUCUUUUAUACACAACAGAAAACAGCAUAAACGAUAUUAAAAAAAUCAUUUUCAAUCGCGAUAAGUCAACCAUCGAAGUUAGUCGUUAGUUAAUUCGUCGCUCCGUUAUCUACAUUCUGCUAUCGCCUUUUGUACAAUGCCGGUGUCGUCUUCGGGCGGCGGCGACAAUCGUCCGCAUGAUCACAACAGUUCAAUUGGAAAAAUUAAAAAGCCAUCCAAUGCCUCCAGAUCGCACAACACGGAUCAAGAUUGGACCGUUAAGACCAGCAAAAAAGCUUCUCAAACUAAAAAGGCCAUUCAGUUUGAUCUACCGAAAGUUUCAACAACGAAGACAGAUAUGAAUUGUUCGUUUACAAAAAAAAUGCGUCGAGUAGAAUACCUAGAAUUAGAUGAAGCUAAAUUACUUCAAGAUCAAGUGAAUAGUUAUAAGCAAACUCCAUGGAAGUAUGAUAAAGAAGUUUCGUGGUUUACCUCCGAGGAUGCCAAAAUUGAAUUGUUUAGUUUGAAUAUGCAAAUGGGUUAGCCUGUUUCUAUAAUUCGUAACUCAAAAUU